UGGGUGUGGGUGAUCCCUAGAUCCGCAUCAUCAUAGUACACAGCAAUUCGCCGAGACGAAAAACGGACUGACUUUGGACACCAGAACUUUCUUUUAUCGAACACGACCUCAACCUCCUUCGCCACCAACCGCUCCAUGAGCUCGGCGUUCGCAGCCAACCUGGUGACCGCCGCGCUGGCAAAAAUCCUUAUCCAAGCAGGGUUUGAACGGGCCCAGAAUUCUUCGACCAGCAUCCUUGCCGACAUUUUCGUUCGAUAUUUGGAACUACUAGCUUGUACUGCUUCGAAGCAUGCGAAUCACCAGGGGCGGACGACCGGGAACUUUGAAGACGUGGCGCGAGUUUUGGACGAUUUCAGCGUCGACCCAACAGCGCUGACGGAGUUCUGUCGGACCUGGGCUGUGCAUAUCAAUCCAGAGAGUGUGGGAGGAAACCAUGGCAACCCUUCUUCGCCAUCACAUACGGGCGCGCCAGCGAACAGUCACAGGCAUGGGAAAGCUGAAGACCAUGAUGAGCCCGCUGCUUUUCCCAUAAGUGAGUAGGCGCCGAUGGACUUGACGUGGGAUGGGCCUUUUCGAAAGACCUUUGACUGGUGCGUGGGGUCAAAUGUUGUGCCUAUAUCGACGAAUUAUUAGAGGCAUCGGCCCUCGAAGCGAAACAUAAGAGCCUUCUUCCAAGGAAAGCAAGAGGUUCAGCGAGUC